AUGCGUUUUACCACAUACUCCGCGAUGGCCGCGAUGGCGACCCUGGCCACAGCUCAGACCUUCACAGACUGCAAUCCUAUGGAAAAAGAGUGCCCAAAUGAUCCUGCUAUGCCCGCUACCUUUGAAACAGAUUUCAAAGCUGGUAAGGCUGCCGUCAAGGGCUGGAAGCAAACCGCUGGAGCUCUGAAAUAUGCCCCAGGAGGUGCUGAGUUCACUAUCACCAAGAAGGGUGAGGCUGGGCCUACCAUUCAGUCUGAAGGCUUCUUGCACUUCGGUUACGUUGAGGUCAAGAUGACUGCUGCCAAGGGUCAGGGCAUUAUUUCAUCGAUCGUACUCCAGUCUCAAGACUUGGAUGAAGUUGACUGGGAGUGGAUCGGUGGUCAGGAGGGUAAGGUCCAGAUGAACUACUUCGGCAAGGGUAACACCACCACAUUCGACCGUAUGAUUGAAGCACCCGUGGCCACAACCCAGACCGAGACCCACACCUAUGCCUUGAACUGGACCGCUGAGGCUAUCACUUGGAUCAUUGACGGGGAGCCCAAACGCACAUUGAACUUCGCCGAUGCCAACGGCGGAAAGAACUUCCCACAGACUCCCUGCAAUGUCCGCAUUGGCAACUGGGCCGGUGGUGACUCCACGGACAAGGGCACUGUUGAAUGGGCCGGUGGUGUCCCUGACUACUCAAAGGGACCCUUCACCAUGACCGUUGACAGCGUCAAGGUCAUCAACUAUAGCCCCGGUACGGAAUACAAGUGGACCGACAAGACCGGAUCCCAUGAGUCUAUCGAAGUCAUCGGCGCAGGCAGCAAGGAGGGCGCUCCUCAGAACGCUAUUCCCAUUGAGUCUGCCGCUGCCACCGCUUCUGGCAAGCCCCUUGCAUCUGGCAUCAACGUUCCUAGCGGAACCGCUGGUUCUCCCGCCGCUUCUACCUCUUCCACAUCCGGUGCGGCCGAUCAGACCCCUGCUCCGGUUGCUGGUGGUGCCGGCUCCUCUGGCUCUGGCUUCAACUACCCCACAGGCGGAGCAGCCAAGCCUUCAGGUGGUGCAGCUGGCAGCCCACCCAGCGACGGCGAGUCCGACGAGGACUGCGAGUGCGGCACCGCAACCGUCACUGUGACUGGUGCCCCUCCCGCGUCCUUCACAAGCAUGUACUCUGCACUCCCUCCCAACAGCGUUAUCUCCUCUGUCCGUCCUCCUCCUGCGGCAUCGUCGCCUCCAUUCCCCACCAGCGGUCUCCUCACUGAAACCCGACCACCCCCUGUCGUUCCCGUCCCAGCUGGUCCAACUGGCCCAACUGCGCCCGGCGCCGUCUUGCCCACACCUUCGCGCAACGCUACGAUCAGCGCACCACCAGCUCAGUUCACUGGUGCCGCCAGCCACAACAAGGCUGGCGUGCUUGCUGGUGCACUUGCUGGUGCCGUCCUACUCGCCUUUUAG